UUUAGUCAGAGUCUUGAGUCAGUUCUCUUGGUGUGAGCUUCUAAGCACAGACUUGUCUGCUUUACCUUUUAUUUGUUGAGCUUUCUUUUGUGUCGUAAGCAACAGGAAAAAUAAUAGAUAUCCAAAAAUGGAUAUCAACGAAUUCAGAAUCCGCGGUAAAGAAAUGGUGGAGUACAUUUGUGAUUUUAUGAACAAUAUCCAUACUCGUCGUGUGACUCCUGAUGUUGGUCCGGGUUAUUUACGUCCUUUGUUGCCGUCAGAAGCACCGUAUGAUGGAGAGCCAUGGGCAGAUAUCAUGAGAGAUGUAGAGAGUAAAAUAAUGCCUGGAAUCACUCACUGGCAACAUCCUAGAUUUCACGCUUACUUUCCAGCUGGCAAUUCAUUUCCUUCAAUUUUAGGUGACAUGUUGUCAGACGCUAUUGGUUGUAUUGGUUUUUCUUGGGCGGCAAGUCCAGCUUGUACGGAAUUAGAGACGAUAGUUUGUGAUUGGUUUGGUAAAGCGAUGCAUCUUCCGAAUGAUUUUUUGUAUUUUAGUCCUGGUAGUAGAGGUGGCGGAGUAAUUCAGGGAUCUGCAUCAGAAAGCGUUUUAGUCUGCAUGUUAGCAGCAAGAGCUCAAGCAAUAGCGCGUCUUAAAGAGUCUCCAGCUCACACUCACCUCGAUGAAACAGCUCUUCUAGGAAAAUUGAUGGCCUACUGCAGUCGCGAGUCUCACAGCUGCGUUGAAAAAGACGCGAUGAUUUGUUUUGUUAAAUUAAGGAUCCUUGAGCCGGAUGAGAAGAGUGUAAUGCGCGGCGAAAUUCUCAAACAAGCCAUUGAAGCUGAUGUUGCUGAAGGAUUUGUCCCUUUUUUUGUAUCUACGACACUAGGUACUACUGCUUGUUGCUCCUUUGAUAAUCUUAAAGAAAUCGGACCAGUUUGUCGUCAAUACCCUGGGAUUUGGCUGCACACAGAUGCUGCUUAUGCUGGAAACGCGUUUAUUUGUCCAGAAUUGAGAUAUCUAAUGGCGGGAAUCGAGUACGCAGAUUCAAUAAAUACAAAUACCAACAAAUUUUUGUUAACUAAUUUCGAUUGCUCAUGUCUGUGGGUGAGAGAUCGGUUUAAAUUAACAAGCGCGCUUGUUGUUGAUCCACUGUAUCUUCAACAUACUCAUGCGGAUACUGCUAUUGAUUAUAGACACUGGAGUAUCCCAUUAAGUCGAAGAUUUAGAUCACUGAAACUAUGGUUUGUUCUAAGAAAUUACGGAAUAAGUGGUUUACAAAAUUACAUACGUAAUCAUUGUAAACUAGCUAAACAGUUUGAACAAUUGAUACGCAAGGAUGAUCGUUUUGAAGUCUGCAAUGAAGUUGUGUUAGGACUGGUGUGUUUCCGAGCUAAAGGUUCUGAUAAGUUGAACCAGAAACUGUUGAGCGUAAUCAAUGAUUCAGGAAAAAUUCAUAUGGUACCAGCUAAAGUUAAUCAGAAAUAUACGAUUCGCUUUGCUUUGGCUGCACCUAAUGCAACAUCUGAAGAUGUUGAACACGCAUGGAGUGUGAUAACAGAUUACUUGUCAGAAAUUUUGGAAGGCAAGGAAGUUGUGGACAAACUAGCAGACAUCCGAGAGAAAAAGCGCAAAGCAACUUUGGAGCAGCGAAGAUCAUUUUUUGUUCGCAUGGUCUCUGAUCCAGCGAUUCAGCCAGGGUUUACUAAAACGCCCAACAGACCUGAAGCUAAAUUGGAAACUCAAGCAACCAUUGGUGGACUUGGUUCUAAUCCUCGUACUACAAGUUCGUGGAUUUCAUGGCCACUGGCUUAUUUAAUGUCCCGUGAAUCAACGGACACGAGUGAAUUGUCUUUGAGAUUUCGUCAUUUGGAUACGAUGGUUCGUCUGAAAACGGGAGCAGGAAGCCGACGCGGUAGCAGUAACGGCUGCAGCCCAGAACCAUCUCCAACAGUGUCACCUUCACGAGGAAGAUCACCAAAUGGCCGAACGUAAUUCACCUGAUAAUAAAAUUAUAGAUAAUUGAUUGAUAAAUUAUUAAUAAAAUAUAACGUCGGUGUUAUCAUCUUGGAAGGCGGCUUUAAAUGUUGGUUUAAGCUAUUAAUUGAAAGGGUAAUUGUCAAUGUAAAUGAUACGAUCGAUAAACUGCCUCCAAGUAAUGUCAUAACAUUACUCGAAAGAUGAAAGUAAUUAAUUAUAAUCAUAAUUAAUAUAUUAUUUAUUCAUAAAUUAAUAUCGUUAUUGUUUUA